GCCAGAGACCACACCUCGAAAAACCCGUCAACGUCACUACAUUAGAGUCGCUUGCUCCCCACAAGCAACACUAGCUAGCAGCUCUGCCAUGGCGGACUUUGCGCCGAACUGGGCCACGAAGGCGGGGUUCAGCCUGCUCACCGUCAACUCGGCGCUCGCCAUCUACCGCUCCGGGGGCGACCUCGCCUCCGUCCUCUUCAUCUCAGGCUCGUACGCCGCCCUGCUUCUCCUCUUCCGCCGCCUCCGCGACUACGAGCGCGCGCCGCCGGGGUCCCCCGCCAGGGAGCGGGCCAGGCGCGCCGUGUGGCCGCUCACCGCGCUGCUCACGCUGGGUUUCGCCUGGAAGGUGGCCGCGGUGAUGCCCUCGCCGGCCGUGGCCGCCGCCGUGUGGGGCCUAGCCGUCGCCACCACCGCCGGCGGCUUCUUCGCUCUGGUGGCCCCGGGCUGAGAGGACGGCACGGAUGGAUCACAGGAGCGGGGG